GGCUCCGGGACUUCUAGCAGCUCCGCCACCACCACCCCAUCUGUGUCCACCCCUGUCACUGGCCACAAGCGGAUGAUCAUCCCUAACCAGCCUCCCCUCACCGCCACCAAGAAGUCCACCACCAAGGGCCCGGGACAGCCGGCACCCAUCCCGGUCACUCCUGUGGGCACCCUGAAGCCGCAGCCGGUGCCGGACUAUGGCUACGCCCCGCCACCUGCCCGGCCCUCGGAACCAACCUAUGGCUAUGCACCUCCACAGGGCCGCUACCAGGACCCCUACUACGGGGGGUACGGGGGAAGGAAUGGCUCCGAAGCGCCCUACAUGCCGCAGGGCUCCUGGAAAGCCGAGCCAGCAUAUCCUGCUAGUAACACCAUGGGCCAGGCUCCUCCUGGGCUCUACCAGCCACCUGGCACGAAGAAGACCUACAUCACUGACCCGGUGCUGUCCCCACAGCCACCCACGCUGCAGCAAAAGAGUGGGUAUCCAAGCUCUGGACCCGUGUCAAGCACUCCUGCCUUCAGGCCUGAGGAUGAGUUGGAACAUCUGACCAAGAAAAUGCUGUAUGACAUGGAGAAUCCUCCUUCUGAUGACUACUUUGGCCGCUGUGCCCGCUGUGGGGAGAAUGUUGUUGGGGAAGGGACUGGCUGCACGGCCAUGGACCAGGUCUUCCAUGUGGAGUGCUUCACCUGCAUGAUGUGCAACAACAAGCUGAGAGGACAGCCUUUCUAUGCUGUGGAGAAGAAAGCCUACUGUGAACCCUGCUAUAUUAACACACUGGAGCAAUGCAGUGUCUGCGCAAAGCCCAUCAUGGAAAGGAUCCUCCGAGCCACCGGGAAGGCCUACCAUCCUCACUGCUUCACCUGUGUGAUGUGCCAUCGCAGCCUGGAUGGGAUCCCCUUCACCGUGGAUGCUGGUGGGAACAUCCACUGCAUCGAGGAUUUCCAUAAGAAAUUUGCACCAAGAUGUUCAGUGUGUAAGGAGCCCAUCAUGCCGGCCCCAGGACAAGAGGAGACUGUACGCAUUGUUGCCUUGGAUCGUGACUUCCACGUGCAGUGCUACCGAUGUGAGGACUGUGGUGGCCUCCUGUCUGAAGGGGACAAUCAGGGCUGUUACCCUCUGGACGGGCACAUCCUUUGCAAGACCUGCAACUCUGCUCGGAUCCAGGCUCUGACUGCCAAGGCCAGCACUGAUCUCUGA